AUGCGUUUCUCUUUGCUUGCCUUCGUCUUCCUGAAGACAUGUCAGGCGUUCACGUCGCCUGAUAUAUACUCGAUUACACAGCCUGCGGGAUCGAGUCCGGAUCCAGGGGUGAACAGCCAGCCGGCCACCGUCCCAAGUCAGUCGAGACACGCUACCGGACCGGCCUCGGGCUUGAAUAUCUUCUUGCCUGAUUAUACCCAAGACCCUAAUUGGCUCCCGUUGGUCGAUUCCCUCAAGACGGUUGGUAUACAAGUCAAGGUUACCCAGAACCUCGAUAUCUCUUCCCACUGCAGGACUCUCCUCGUCUACACCUCUCAUGAUGUGGUCUACACGCCAAGCACGGCAGAGAUCGCCAAUCUCACGUCCUUUGUCAGCAACGGGGGCAGGCUUAUCUUUAUGAGCCAGGUCCCCACGGCUCUGCAUGCACUUGCUGGCGUUUCGGCGGCAAAAGUGAACACAGCAGGCACGAGGUCCAUUAUGCAAUUGACCAACACGGAGACCACCGUACAGGCCCUCCAAGGUUUUGAUUUUGCAGACUACUACGAUAUCAGCAUGCCAUUUUAUGAGAACUAUACACAAACGGGUCUCAAAAAUGUUGGCUAUACGCCCGUCAGCGGGUCGCAGACUUUGGCCAAAUACCUCGUUCGAAGCUACGUAAACAGCGCCGCGGUGGAUAGUGCAGACACGUCUGCUACGAGCGCCGCAAUCGUCAAGUACCAACCUUCGGGUGCGAGCGGAUAUGUGUACAGCUUCGGAAUAGACCUUGGAUAUCUCUACAUCUCAGCCCAAAACGAACAGGGUGGCUACUCGGAGAAUUACGAUGGGUACUAUUACCCCGGCUACGAUAUUGGAACUCGGAUCAUAAAGAAUAUCUUGUCUUCCAGCGACCACUUCGUGAGCUUGUGGAGCGUCCCCAAUAAUAUGGGUAUCGCAUUCACCACCACGUGGGAUAUCGAUACCUACAUUUCGUAUCCGCACGGACAGGGCAUUGCAGCUGCAGCUCAGGACAGGGGCGCUGCUGGAAACCUCAACCUCCACGUCAAAUACAUCUCGGACAGCUAUGAGAACGCGUAUUUCCAAUACGGUGUCCCGUAUAUCUAUCAGAUCACUGGUUUCCGAACGGCGCCUGACGGCUACCCAUACAUAGAUUUCGGCAGCCACACAGUCAGUCACUCGCCUAAUGCGGCUCAAUUUCCUUAUGGAACCCUUUCCGAGCAAUAUGUUCUUGGAUCAACCUCGGGCUACUCGCCCGCGAUUCACCAGUGCGGGACAGGUCUUUCGGACGGGACGCCUGACAAUGGGGAGACCUGCAUAAAAGGAGGAACCAGUGGGCUUUCUUUUUGGACCUCUGGCGCGUCUGCUUCUGGAGAAGUCCGUGUGAGCGCGUUUCUGAUCCGGUAUCUCCUGAACGACGUUUUCAAGACGAACUACAAUCUUACCACCUAUCGCCCUGGCAACCUUGCUUGGAACAAGUAUCAGUCCUCUCUCUGCGUCGCCAACGGGUUCAUUGGUGGAUCUUCUUGCUCAGGCAACAGUCAUCUUACACACCUCCCAUUUCAAGUCGGGCACAACCGCGAGCCGUACCAGGAACUUCCCUACUAUGAAUUUCCGCUUCAAUGGUCAGACGGCGAUGGAAACAUGAGCAGUGCUGACUUUCCUGGCUCUGACUUCCGGAACCAAAUGACUGAUAUCAAGAAGAUGGCACGCUAUGGUGGUCACUAUAAUAUUCUGAUCCAUCCCUCGGAUGCGUUGUUUGACAAGAUCCAAAUUCAGCGAGCGCUUCAUGACGCUGUGCGCCCGUUCGCAGCCUACUUCAACCAAACCGGAAUUGCGAACUGGUGGACCAAUCGAGACCGAGCGUUCGUGGACCUCACUUCGACUAGCAACUCAUCGGUCACCAUGACGGUUCGUCUUGAUGGUCCUGCAGAAGGCCUGACGUUGAACGUACCAAAGAGUUAUGUCUUUCAAUCCGCGACGGGGUCGCUCUCGGUCUGCCAGCAACCGUCAUACGAUACAUUUACUAAUGCCAUCGUCCUUCGCAACACAGCGCAGGGGACAUAUACACUCACUUUCUCCAUCAACAAGAGCACAUCCACAGCAUCUACCUGUCCGGAUUUUACUGUCCAACCGGCUACGGAAUGCGUUGCCUGGGAUGUCGCCAUUGACGACUUCUUGGAGCCUUACUUUUACAACAAAGGCAUAAAUCUCCUCCUUUUAGAAACUGUCGAAACCGGUCUGGUAUCCAACAUUGUGGACGGCACGCUCCAGCUCAGUGCGGACACCAACUCUGGAGUCAACAGCUACUAUACCGAGAUUUCACGCUUCUGCUUCAAUGCCUCAGUCUACACCCAUAUGUUCUUCGAUAUGGUUGCUCCAGUUGGAAGUAGCUUCUCCGUUCAGCUGGUUUCGUAUGACUCUGGAUGCAACACAGAGCAGCCGAGCGAGACUUACUUGGAUGUCAGUGAUUACGCCGACUUCGAUGGGACCAACCAUACUGUGCAGAUCCAGUUGAGCGAUUUUGUCGGACAAGAUUUCCUCAAUGUUCGAGGCAUUAAAAUCGUGAAUAUUUCGCCAGCUAACACCCCAGUCUACAUCGACAACAUCAAGCUCCAGAAGCGAUGUACCACCGCGCCGGGAGAUGACAUGACGGACGGGCUCGCCAUCGAAUCUUUCCAGAACGUGGAUCGAUGGAUUACCGGCAUCAACAACAUUUUCGGCCAAACCGACCACGACAAUUCCAUGGCUUCCGCCAAACUCGCGGAGCUGGGGAAGAUGCAGCUGGUCCCAGCUAAUGCGGGCUCGUACUUUUACACGAGCACUGUCACGGAUGGAGUCAACCUCAAUGCUACGGGCUACGACUCAGUCUCUCUCAAUGUGCGCGGCCCCUCCGGUGGCUCGUUCGAUGUGGUUGUGACUUCUGGCUCUGGAAACAGCAACUCCACCGUCAAUACAGCUACCGUCGCCACUUUCAGCUCCUCCAGCUUUGUGAACGUCACAAUUCCCUUGUCGUCGUUCAGCGGACUCAAUUCCGACUCCGUCAGUAAGAUCACGCUGCGGAAUUUCACGCCCAAUGGUGGCUCUGCCGCUAGCAACACAUUCACCGUGAGAUGGAUCUCACUCCUGGGCGGGCCCAGCGUGGUUGACGCAGAUGAUCGCUGCCAGUCUGCCAACGGCUAUGUAGUGCUAGACUUCUGUAACACCAUGGAGUUCAAAACACAAACCAAUGCCCUGGGCGCUCCUUUCUCAGACGACAACACGAUGCAGUACUACAACCAGACUACCAAGGGACGUAUCAAUCUUGUCGCCAAAGACUCAACGUCGUACUUCUACUCGCUAUUCAAUACGACUGCUUGCGCGACUCUCGAUUCCACCAACACAGGAAUUCUCCUCACUGUCUCCGGGCCCCAGGGUGCCACCGCCGACAUUGGGUUCAGACACGGCGGUACGGGAUGCAAGUUGAACCAACGAAGUGACUUCAUCUCCAUUACUUUCAAUACAGCACCGACGCAGCUCACUAUACCUUUCUCCCGUUUCCCAUCCCCGUUCAAUACACAGUAUCUCCAGUCGUUCAUUAUGACCAACUUCAACACUCCCGGCGCCGUCUAUCACAUUCACUCUUUGGUCUUCAUUGGAGCAGACACUGUCCCGGGCUGCGCGCUUUGCUCAGAUACAAUCGUCGAUACCUGCACAUUCGUAUCAACGGUUCCGCGAACCAACCUGCUGUCUGGCGAGAUUAGCGACGAGGGGUCUCUCACCUCUUACUCUGUCGCCAGCGACUAUGGCCUUUCUCUUGGCACCAACUCCGAUGCCUAUUGGUAUUCCGUGUUCGGUACCAAUGGCUGCUACAACGCUACCAACGCAACGGGUAUCCAGCUCUCCGUUGCAGCUCCUGCAAACACCACUUUCCUAGUAGCUCUCCGUUGGAUGACCAACGCAGCAUGCACAACCGUCUCGUCGGCGUCCACAGUUCCCAUCACAACCUAUGUUUCUUUCACUGGUAACGCUACGAGCUCAAGAUACCAACUCGCCCAGAUCCCCUUCACUGCAUUCUCAGGCAUCAACGUCGGCAGACUGAACAGCAUCGCUAUCUCUGGCUUCAGCCCUUCGGGUGUUGCUGUGCGUGUGGGUUGCGUCAGUCUUGCGACGUUCACCGCUACCGUCGAUGACUCGGCUGCCUGUAGCAGCUGCCCGACUACGGCAUGGCUCAACUACUGCGCCUCUGGAUCCGCAAGCAAAAAUGCCCAAGGCGGCGUACAGAGUGAUGACGGCACUAUGAGGUCUACCCCUGCCAUCUCGAAUGGUGCGCUACUUUUGAAGCCGGCAGCAAGCGAUUCUUACUGGUACUCGCUCAUGAACUGCAUGGACGUCUCCUCGUACGACACCCUCUACAUCAACGUCACCGCCUCCGCGGGCUCCUCGUUCAGCGUGAGGUUACAGAGUAGCAGCAACGCCUGCGCAGACGCGAGCCAGAUCCAAUCAGCCUCCGUCAAGAGCAUAAGCUACGGUACGAUGACAGGCAGCUCCGUGGUCCUCGCUAUACCGCUGUCAGCGUAUACCUCGCAGAACAGCGCCAUCAAGCUGAGCGCCCUGUAUGCUAUUGUCCUUGAAUCUUUCAGCUCUGGCAACCCGACCUUGAGUUUGAAUUGCGCAUACUAUGGGAUUGGCGCUUCGGUGAAUAGUACCGUGGUUGCGAAAACCGUAGCCAGCUCGAGCAUGAGUGCAUCCACGCAAAGUGUCUCUAGCAAAUCCGGCACGACCUCGUCGAGCAAGGCAACGAGCACUUCUACCAAGGCCACGAGCACUUCUACCAAGGCCACGAGCACUUCUACCAAGGCCACGAGCACUUCUACCAAGGCUACGAGCACUUCUACCAAGGCUACGAGCACUUCUACCAAGGUUACGAAAACCUCCACCAAGGCUACGAGUACUUCUACCAAAGCUACGAAGAAAGCUCGGCACACUCACGGACACUCUCACAAACACGCUUAA